UGGAACUGUCAAAUUGGUUAAAGAAAAGAAAAAACGAAAAUAAAGAUUAGAUUUUUUUUUUUGCUUUGCUCAGCCGCACGCAUCCCCGCGCCAAGAACUCCCUCCCUGCAGUCGUCAACUCUCGACCUCGCUCACGGCCCGUUGCCGGUCUCCGGUCGUCGUCCACCGUUCCCGCCGCUAAGCCUCUUUCGCCGGACGUCCUGCUCAGAUCAACGUUGCCGUUGCUGUUGUCUGCCAAGAGUUGUAGGUGGUUGUGACACAUUUCAACAUGGUGUGGUGCAGCAAUUGUGUCAAAAAUGUUGCUGGGUCUCGAGAUGAAGCCGGUUUCCUAUACUGUGAUAUGUGUGGGAAGGUGUUGGAUUCUUACAAUUUCUCCCAAGAUCCUACUUUUACAAAGGAUUCUGGAGGGCAGAGUCAAUUAUCAGGAAAUUUUGUUAGAUCUAUUCAAAGUAAUUAUUCUGCUUCGCGAGAAAGGACAUUAAAUAAAGCUUUUGAAGAUAUGAGAUACAUGAGGAAUGGUUUAAACAUGGGUGAGAGUGAUGAAAUAAUUCGGGUAGCCGGGGCAUUUUAUAGAAUUGCUUUAGAGAGAAAUUUUACACGGGGACGCAAUGCAGAGUUUGUUCAAGCUGCUUGCCUUUACAUUGCUUGUCGGGAAAAGAAUAAACCAUAUCUUUUAAUUGACUUUUCAAAUUAUUUGAGGAUAAAUGUCUAUGUGUUAGGUGCAGUAUUUUUGCAACUUUGUAAAGUGCUAAGACUUGAAGAGCAUCCUAUUGUUCAAAAGCCUGUUGAUCCUUCCCUUUUUAUUGAUAAAUUUACUCAAUGUUUGCUUGGAGGAACAAAGGACGAUGGAAUGAAAAAGGAGGUUUCCAAAACUGCAUUGAAGAUCAUAACCAGCAUGAAGCGUGAUUGGAUGCAGACAGGGAGAAAGCCUAGUGGCCUAUGUGGUGCGGCUUUAUACAUAUCUGCACUUUCUAAUGGUGUCAAGUGUACUAAGUCAGACAUUAUAAAGAUUGUGCAUAUUUGUGAUGCAACAUUGACAAAGCGGUUAAUUGAGUUCGAGAAUACAGAAUCUGGCAGCUUAACGAUGGAGGAAUUUAUUGUCAUGGCAGACAAGGUCAAGGGAAGCAACUCUUAUACCAAUAAUGGCUCGAAUGCAUCGAGUGAUGAAGUGCUUUGCGUGCAUAAGAAUGAGUGCAAAAAGCCAUAUGCUCUUGGUCUUUGUAGGAGUUGUUAUGAUGAUUUUGUUGAACUUUCUGGAGGACUAGAUGGGGGAUCUAAUCCUCCAGCAUUUCAGUCUGCUGAGAAAGAAAGAAUGGAAAAAGCAGCGGUUGAGGAAGGCUCUGAUGACUGCAGUGCGAUUGGCAAAUUUUCACAAGGACUAAAACCAUGCAAUAAUACUGAAAAAGAAUCAGACAAUGUACAUGCAGAUGCAUCAGAAACUGCUAGUUUCAAAGAAGCUGAAGCGAAAGGAGCUGCAGAUGAGCAAAGAGAACCUGACAAUGGUGCUAAUAAAGUUGGAGCUGAUGGCCUGGAAACCAGUGCUUCAGAUGAUUCCGAAAAUUGGUCUGAUAUAGAUGAUGUUGAGGUUGACGGCUAUCUUCACAACGAGGAGGAGAAGCAUUACAAAAAGAUAAUUUGGGAAGAGAUGAACCGGGAGUAUCUUGAGGAACAAGCAGCUAAAGACGCAGCAGCAGCUGCUGCAAAGAAAGCUUAUGAGGCCAAUUUCCAAAAUUGUUCAGAAGAUUUGAAGGCAGCAAAGGAUCUAGCUGAAGCUGCAGCGGCUGCUGUUGCAAAAUCAAGAAAGGAAAGACAACAAAAACGAGCAGCGGAAGCCAAAAAUGCCACUCCUGCACAAACGGCAGCAGAAGCCACACGACAAAUGUUGAAUAAAAAGAGACUCAGCUCGAAAAUCAACUAUGAUGUGUUGGACAAACUGUUUGACGAAUCUGCUGGUAUGGAGCCUUCGACGAAAAAGAAAUGUGAAGAACAGGCUGAAGAGACCGACAAGCCGCGAAAUACAACUACUAAAGAAUUUGAAACCACAGAGGAGCAGGAUGACGAUUAUGAUGAUGGUUAUGGAACAUAUGGUUCUGGUCUAUAUUACGAGAAUAUGGAAGAAACAUACAACCAUGAACAAGAUUAUGGCUAUGAUGAAUAUGAUUGAUAACCGAUAUAUUCAACGAUUCUCAUUCAGCUGUUCCAGAUUCCGAGCUAGUGUUUGCUGUCAAUAGUUAGCUGAUCUUAUAUAUAUAUAUAUAUAUAUUUUUUGCUGCUGUGUUGUUAAAGAUGAACAUUGGGCAUGCGAUUUGUAUUAUCUUUUUUAUUUUGCUCUCCCAUUUGUUUGAAAAAUCACAUCUGAGCUCAUUUUCAUGAAGAUUUUUUUUAUA